AUGACCUGUGCAAACGAAGAGAGUAGUGAUGACAGCGAUCACAGUGCUGAGGAUAAUGAUGACGAUAAUGAUGAUGACGAGGAUGGAGAUGCCACGGAUUUCAUGGCUAUUGAUGACAAACCAGCAGCUAUUCCAGCAGCUAUUCCAGCAGCUAUUCCCAUGUGCACCCUCUCUUUGAAGAGCUUUAGAAGGAAGCUGAUUCAACAUUUUGAUAUACUUUGGCAUCACCAUGAAAUUGAAUGGCCAUCCAGGACUGGAGACAAGCCACCACCUGCAAUCAAUAAACCAACUGAAAGUAGACUUAAUAAAGGUAUUAGUCAACAAUACUUAAAGGGUAGUAGAAGUUGA